CCACACCCAACCCAAGAGAGAGAAAGUGAGAGAGAAGAACCAAACCCUCUUUCUCACCCUCCUCUUCCCAAUCUCUCUGGUCAAAAUGUCACCGUUGCCGCCGUCGAAUCCAAUCGACGCCGGCGACGACGACGACAUGCAAGAGGUCCUCUUCGCCAAGCGAGCCUGCAUCUGCUACUUAAUCCCUUGUUUCUCCUCAUCCGAAACAUCGCUGUCGUGGUGGGAGCGGGUACGGUCGCCGGAGAAUAAGGAGCGGUGGUGGGCUCGUGGAUGGAGCAAGGUGCGUGACUGGUCGGAAAUCAUCGCCGGACCCAAGUGGAAGACCUUCAUACGGCGAUUAAACAGAAACAACAACCGCACCGGCGCCGGCGCAGCUUCCUACGAGAAGAAAGGCUCAUUCCACUACGAUCCGCUCAGCUACGCCCUCAACUUCGACGACGGAGGAGUAGAAGACGUUUACAGUUAUGGCGGUUUCUCCGCGAGAUUCGCUUCCAUUCCGGCGUCGACGAAGUCCUCCAUGGACCUCGGGAAAGACGCCCCAGCGUUCACGUGAGGAUCACGUGCGCUGGGAGCGUGGUUUGCCCACCGUUCUUUUUACCAAAGGGUUGUGGAAGAUGGUGAUGGUGCGCAUUUACGGUCGAAUCUUUGUUCCCACCGCAUUUGUAGUGAUUGAAAUUAGUCGGGUUCUGUUUUUGUUUUUUUGGUUAAUUUUGAGAUUUGAUCAUGAUGUACAUUCAGAUAAUUGGGAACGAAACAAGAAUAAAGGUUGGGAUGUUUUUGAGUUA